AUGGCGAGCACGUCGUCGUCGGACGUCCUCGUUCUUGCUGUCGGCGUCGCACUCGCAGCGAUAUAUCUCUUCCGGGACCAGCUCUUCGCCCAAGCUAAACCAAAGUCUGUUCCCGUGCCUACUUCGAAAGCGUCAAAUGGGUCCGGAAACCCUCGCGACUUCAUCGCAAAGAUGAAGGAAGGGAAAAAGCGCCUGGUGAUAUUCUACGGUUCUCAAACGGGUACGGCGGAGGAGUAUGCUAUUCGCCUGGCAAAGGAGGCAAAGUCCAAGUUCGGUCUGGCGUCGCUGGUGUGCGACCCCGAGGAGUAUGAUUUCGAGAACCUCGACCAGCUCCCGGAAGAUUGCGCCGUCUUCUUCGUCAUGGCUACCUACGGUGAAGGCGAACCCACGGACAACGCAGUGACACUCAUGCAGAAUCUCGAGGACGAGUCCUUUGAGUUCAGCAACGGUGAACACAAACUCGAGGGCCUCAAGUACGUCGUGUUUAGUUUGGGCAACAAGACGUACGAGCAUUACAACAAGAUCGGCCGGGACGUGGAUAAUGUGCUGACGAAGAUGGGUGCGAUACGGAUUGGGGAGCGCGGAGAGGGCGACGACGACAAGAGUAUGGAGGAGGACUAUCUUGAGUGGAAGGACGGCAUGUGGGAUGCGUUCUCGGCUGCUAUGGGCGUCGAGGAAGGUCAAGGUGGUGAUACCCCAGACUUUGCCGUCACCGAGCUAGAAUCGCAUCCCCCCGAAAAGGUCUACCUUGGUGAAUUGUCCGCCCGCGCCCUCACCAAGACCAAGGGUAUCCACGACGCCAAGAACCCCUUCCCAGCGCCCAUCUCUGUCGCGCGGGAACUCUUCCAGUCAACGCACGACCGCAACUGUGUCCACAUCGAACUCAACACCGAAUCCUCCGGCAUCUCCUACCAGCACGGCGAUCACGUCGGCGUCUGGCCGUCCAACCCCGAUGUCGAAGUCACCCGUCUCCUCUGUGCCCUCGGUCUUUACGAAAAGAAGGAUAACGUUAUUGGUAUUGAAUCACUCGACCCCGCGCUCGCCAAGGUACCGUUCCCCGUGCCGACAACGUAUGCGACGGUUUUGCGCCACUAUAUCGAUAUUAGCGCUGUAGCUGGACGACAGAUCCUCGGCGCCCUAUCCAAGUUCGCACCUAACCCCGAGGCUGAGGCGUUCUUGAAGGGUCUCAGCACCAACAAGGAAGAGUACCACACCCUCAUUGCCAAUGGAUGCCUGAAACUCGGUGAAGUUCUCCAACUCGCAGCUGGCAACGACCUCUCCGCCGCGCCCACCCCAGAGAAUACCACAGCAUGGACCAUCCCCUUCGACAUCAUCGUCUCGUCUAUCCCGCGUCUCCAGCCACGGUACUACUCCAUCUCGUCCAGCCCCAAGCUGCACCCCAACUCGAUCCAUGUUACCGCCGUGGUCCUCAAGUACGAGUCCAUCCCCAACGAGCGCGUCAAUGGCCGCUGGAUUUUCGGUGUCGGCUCGAACUUCCUGCUCAACCUCAAGUAUGCCGCAAACGGAGAAACUGCGCCCUUGGUCGCCACAGGCUCCGAGUCCAAGGCAGCGAGUGUUACGAUCCCAGGCUAUGCUAUUGAAGGUCCCCGAGGCGCCUACAAGCAGGAGACUAUCUACAAGGCCCCUAUACACGUUAGACGUUCUACCUUCCGCUUGCCCACCAACCCGAAGAGCCCCGUCAUCAUGAUUGGCCCUGGAACGGGUGUCGCACCUUUCCGCGGAUUCAUCCAAGAGCGCGUCGCCCUCGCCCGGCGCUCGAUUGAAAAGAACGGACCAGACGCCCUCGCCGACUGGGGCCGCAUAUCUCUCUUCUACGGCUGCCGGAAAUCCACGGAAGAUUUCCUCUACAAGGACGAAUGGCCCCAGUACCAGGAGGAGCUCCGCGGGAAGUUCACCAUGCACUGCGCGUUCUCCCGGGAGGUCUACAGACCCGACGGAAGCAAGAUUUACGUCCAGGACCUGCUAUGGGACGAUCGCGAGCAGGUCGCGGAUGCUAUCAUCAACGGGAAGGGGUAUAUCUACAUCUGCGGUGAUGCGAAGAGCAUGAGCAAGGCUGUUGAGGAGACGCUUGCCAAGAUCUUGGGAGAGGCUAAGGGCGGAUCUGCGGACGUCGAGGGCAACGCGGAGGUCAAACUGUUGAAGGAGCGCUCGAGACUCAUGCUCGACGUCUGGAGUUGA